GGAAGAAAAGUCAGAAGACCAGGAUCUCCAGGGCCUCAAGGACAAACCCUUGAAGUUUAAAAAGGUGAAGAAAGAUAAAAAAGAAGACAAAGAAGGCAAACAUGAGCCUCUGCAGCCAUCAGCCCACCACUCUGCCGAGCCAGCAGAGGCCGGCAAAGCAGAGACAUCAGAAGGAUCGGGCUCUGCCCCAGCCGUGCCAGAAGCUUCUGCUUCCCCCAAACAGCGACGUUCCAUCAUUCGUGACCGGGGGCCCAUGUAUGAUGACCCCACCCUGCCUGAAGGUUGGACACGAAAGCUUAAACAAAGGAAGUCUGGCCGCUCUGCUGGGAAGUAUGAUGUCUAUUUGAUCAAUCCCCAGGGAAAAGCCUUUCGCUCUAAAGUGGAGUUGAUUGCAUACUUCGAAAAGGUAGGCGACACCUCCCUGGACCCUAAUGAUUUUGACUUCACGGUAACUGGGAGAGGGAGCCCCUCCCGGCGAGAGCAGAAACCACCUAAGAAGCCCAAAUCUCCCAAAGCUCCAGGAACUGGCAGAGGUCGGGGACGCCCCAAAGGGAGUGGCACCACGAGACCCAAGGCAGCAGCAUCCGAAGGUGUUCAGGUGAAAAGGGUCCUGGAGAAAAGCCCUGGGAAGCUCCUGGUCAAGAUGCCUUUCCAAGCAUCACCUGGGGGCAAGGCAGAGGGGGGUGGGGCCACCACAUCUGCCCAGGUCAUGGUGAUCAAACGCCCUGGAAGGAAGAGAAAAGCUGAGGCCGAUCCCCAGGCCAUUCCCAAGAAACGGGGCAGAAAGCCAGGGAGUGUGGUGGCAGCUGCUGCUGCUGAGGCCAAGAAAAAAGCCGUGAAGGAGUCUUCCAUCCGGUCCGUGCAGGAGACCGUGCUCCCCAUCAAGAAGCGCAAGACCCGGGAGACAGUCAGCAUUGAGGUCAAGGAAGUAGUGAAGCCCCUCUUGGUGUCCACCCUUGGUGAGAAGAGUGGGAAGGGACUGAAGACCUGCAAGAGCCCCGGGCGGAAAAGCAAGGAGAGCAGCCCUAAGGGGCGCAGCAGCAGCGCCUCUUCACCCCCCAAGAAGGAGCACCACCAUCACCACCACCACUCAGAGUCCCCAAAGGCCCCUGCGCCACUGCUCCCACCCCCGCCCCCGCCCCCACCUGAGCCUGAGAGCUCUGAGGACCCCACCAGCCCCCCUGAGCCCCAGGACUUGAGCAGCAGUGUCUGCAAAGAAGAGAAGAUGCCCCGAGGAGGCUCGCUGGAGAGUGACGGCUGCCCCAAGGAGCCAGCUAAGACUCAGCCCGCGGUCGCUACCGCCGCCACGGCCGCAGAAAAGUACAAACACCGAGGGGAGGGAGAGCGCAAAGACAUUGUUUCAUCCUCCAUGCCAAGGCCAAACAGAGAGGAGCCUGUGGACAGCCGGACGCCCGUGACCGAGAGAGUUAGCUGACUUUACACAGAGCGGAUUGCAAAGCAAACCAACAAGAAUAAAGGCAGCUGUUGUCUCUUCUCCUUAUGGGUAGGGCUCUGACAAAGCUUCCCGAUUAACUGAAAUAAAAAAUAUUUUUUUUUCUUUCAGUAAACUUAGAGUUUCGUGGCUUCAGGGUGGGAGUAGUUGGAGCAUUGGGGAUGUUUUUCUUACCGACAAGCACAGUCAGGUUGAAGACCUAACCAGGGCCAGAAGUAGCUUUGCACUUUUCUAAACUAGGCUCCUUCAACAAGGCUUGCUGCAGAUACUACUGACCAGACAAGCUGUUGACCAGGCACCUCCCCUCCCACCCAAAUCUUUUCCUCAUGUGGUCAUUAAGGACAGAGAACAGUUGAGAGGACACUCCAGUUUUUGGUGCCAUUGGUGCCCCACCACAGCUACCCUGGCUCCCUCACCUCCCCCACUCCCAACCACGGUGGGACAAUGAGGUGUGAGGCAGGAGAGACUGUUGUAUUCUUUAGAGAAGACGACGGAGGUGGCCAGUGGCUAUGGCCCAUGUGAUCCCACCCAUGGUGGCACAAGUCUAGCCCCACGCCAGCCCCAAUCCAAAACUGAUGUCUGUCAUUUCGCAGGACAGGAAGGUACUACCUGGUCUGCUCCAAUUCUGGCAUGGCUAAGAGGGAGUCCUGAACUGCUGGGUAUAGACUGGCCUGAGCCACAGGAGAGGGUGGCCCAGGGUGAGGUGGCAUCACCCGUUCUCAAGGCACAUCCUCCAGUGGGUGGCACUAGGGAGGGGAGGAGAGAGAGAGAGAGAGAGAGAGAAAGAAAGAAGCUGCAGAAGCAGCAGGAGGGGAGGUACAGGCAGGCUGGCCGGGGAUCAGGCCAGGUCUAGUGCAGCUGGGCAAGAGAGAUUUCCUAGUCGCUCAGAGCAGUCUGUGACUGGUAGUUAAGGACUUAGUGGAUGGGACAAAGGGCAAGGAGGGAAGAGAGGGAAAAUGUUCUUCCAAUUACUUUCCAGUUCUCCUUUAGGGACAGCUUAGAAUUAUUUGCACUAUUGAGUCUUCAUGUUCCCACUUCAAAACAAACAGAUGCUCUGAGAGCAAGCUGGCUUGAAUUGGUGACACUUUGUCCCUCAAGCCACCAGACAUGAUGGUGUUCAGAACUACCUGGAUCUGUAUAUACCUGCGCUUGUUUUAAAGUGGGCUCAGCACAUAGGGUUCCCACGAAGCUCCGAAACUCUAAGUGUUUGCUGCAAUUUUAUAAGGACUUCCUGAUUGGUUUCUCUUCUGUCCUUCCAUUACUGCCUUCCUUUCAUUUCAUCCUUUCAUUUCUUCCCCUUCCUCCUAUCUCCCAGUUCAUCCCCUCUGUUCCAGGCAGCCGCAAUGCCCAACCAUACACUGAGCUGACACAGUUGGCUCCAGCCCCUAGAACUCUCCUUCCCUUUGCCUCCCCAUUACCAGCACCAGCCUCACCAUUUCUGAUCCCUGAGGAAGCCCUGGGCUCUGCUGAAUCUGCCCUGGCAUCUGUGAAGAGCAAGAGAGCAGUGAGGUCUUACUCUACUAGGUAGCCCCUCUUCACUGGUAAGAAAAAAGCAAAACUUUUCAGACCCUAAACAACACACCUUUCCACUCUUCUGCUUUAAAGAAUUGGGCCAGAGAAGUGAGGCCACAUGUGGCACCUGAGGGAGGCACAGAGGCCCUCUAUGGCCUGCCAGUCAUUGAGUUACCCAACAGGAGCUCCAUGCCCACCACCCUUGGCCCCACUCAGAAGUCUGAUGUCUAGCAGAGUGUGGCAGGGCAGAUGGCAGGACAAAUGCAAACCCUCCCAAGGCCUAAGCUGGCACCCACACCCAAGCCUCCAGUCCCUCCUUUGCCCUCCCUUUCCCCGCCCAGUCCUUCCAGUGGAACUGUUUUACUUUUGCUUGCUAGAGACUGGGUGGGGCCAACACACCACACAUUUCAAUCUCUGGUCUGUGAGUGUGGUGUUGGGGUUUAGAAGCUUGGGCUUGCUGUGGGUUUUUUAUUGAUCACUUUUCAUUUGGGAUCCCAAAGUUUUAACCUCUGUUCAGGAAGUCCUUAUCUAGCUGCAUAUCUUCAUCAUAUUGGUAUAUCCUUUUCUGUGUUUACAGAGAUGUCUCUUAUAUCUAAAUCUGUCCAACUGAGAAGUACUUUAUCAAAGUAGCAAAUGAGACAGCAGUCUUAUGCUUCCAGAAACACCCACAGGCACGUCCCAUGUGAGCUGCUGCCAUGAACUGUCAAGUGCGUGUUGUCUUGUGUAUUUCAGUUACUGUCCCCUGGCUUCUUUCUUAACUAUGGUGUAAUCAUGAAGGAGUGAAACAUCAUAGAAACUGUCUAGCACUUCCUUGCCAGUCUUUUAGUGAUCAGGAACCAUAGUUGACAGUUCCAAUCAAUAGCUUAAGAUAAAACCGUGUUUGUCUCUUCUGGAAUGGUUAGAAGCGAGGAAGUUUGCCCUGUUCUGUUUGUAGAGUCAUAGUUGGACUUUCUAGCAUAUUUGUAUCCAUUUCCUUAUGCUGUAAAAGCAAGUCCUGCAACCAGACUCCCAUCAGCUGAUCCCGAUCCCUUCUGCCCGCUCUGCUGUUGAUCCUCCCAGCCUCACUUCUGACUCCUCCCCAGGAAGGGAAGGGGGGUCAGAGGAGGGGACGAGUACUUCGGAACUCCUCUUCCUCCAAGGACAAAAGGCCCCUGACCCUGCAGUGGCCUCGCACUCCUCGCACCCCCAAAGGACACCUACCUAUCCACGCAAGCACGACACCCGGCCAGGUUGUCACCGAGAAGAAUGUCGUUUUUGCACAUUAUACUUAGUCCAGCUAAAUGUGGCUCCUGGGUUGGGUGCCACCUGGUCUUGGGAAGAGGAGUGUAGGGGCUGCCAGGCCCCCCCGUCACCUGGGUUGAUUGGGCAUUCAUGGUUGGGAACACAGCAUUUCAAAUGUUGUUUUCUUUCGGUUGGGCCCCACCUGCAGCUUCCUCGCUCCCCAGCUGCUUUCCCUUAGAGUUGGUUCCAAAACUGCAGGUGGUGCCUGCAGCUCCUUAGGGUUUAAUCCAUGUCUCCCUCUUUUCCCCAUUCCUUCUUCCCCAACUAAGGGCAUCAUGAGUCAGUCGCCUCUAAAUAGGCAGCUUUGGCAGUUUAUCACCCUGGCAGGCAUGGGCCCUGCAGCUCCCAGGCCACCCCUGCCUUGGGGUCAAGUUGACAGGAGGUUGGAGGGAAAGCCUUAAGCCAUGGGAUUCUCACCAGCUGUGUCCGGCCCAGUUUUGGGGUGUGACCUCAAUUUUGUCUGUACUUGAACACUAUAAAGAUUGGGGGGGGCAUUUUUCAGUGAAUAUGUGAAUACAGGAAUUGACCGACAGCUUUCAGAUACCAUUGGGCUAAGUCACUAAGGUCACAUCCACAGUCUCCCCCACCCUAUUCUAGUUGUUAGUUACUACCUCCUCUCCUGACAGAAUGCUGUAUAUCCUCCAGCUUCUCCCAGGUAUACCCGGCCUGACCCUGUCCUACCCAUUGGCGGGUCUGUCAUAACCGGUGGAAUUGCUAGCCUUGACAGUGCAGUGAGCUGAGGAUGCUUGGCACAGCCAGGCUCUAGUACAGCUCCCUUCUGCUGGCACUGCAUGCCCGUAUCAAAAAGCAGAGGGGACACCUAGAAAUCCCCCAGUCUGUCAAUGCCAGCCUAGCCAAGAGCCCCUGCUUCUCAGCUCACAGGAUGGUGAAAGCUGCCACCCCAGUGUGGGUGCAGAGCCCAGUCUAUUCAUCAGUGGCAUCAUACCAGACUAGAGACCACACACAUGGAAAUGGGAACCAGAGCAGCCCUAAAUUGUCACCUGCUUCUCUGCCCAGCUUGUUACUGCUGUGGCAGUGAUCAUGAAGGACAGUAAUAACCAGAAACAAACUGCCAAGUUAGGUGAGUUAGGUUAGCCAACAGGAUCUCUGAAUUUUAAGUUACUUUGAGUAAGUGGCUCAAGCCCAGGAGAGAGCAAAAGGGCAUGAACUGAACCCACCAGGUGGGACUAACCAGAUUUCAUUUAGCUCAAGUGGAGCCUAGCAGCCAGAGCCCUGUAUGCCCCUCCAACCACAGCCCCUUUCCCGGAGUGUGCCAGCCAGGGUCUGGACUGAUGACGGGGAAAUCACUGGUGCCAGUUCUUUGAGAAGACCUUUGUGCAUCAGUUCGUAGCCCGUGUCCUUGCCCCAUAUGGUCUCCAGAUUCAGGUUCACACCUGCAGAUUCUAGGACCGAUGUCCUAGACUUCGGGAAGUAUGCAGUUUCUAGAGCCCCUUAUGGACAAUGGCUUAGCAAAGCCCCGCGUUGCUGCCGAAGGGGCCCUGGGAAAGCUGCCACAGGAGUGGGGUGGGGUAGAUGCAGCAGCACCCCACGCCUGGGACAAGCCCUCUGCUCCCUCCGCAUCCUCUUCCUGCUCUUCAUCGCUGCUCUCUGCAUCAGUGAACCAGCUCCACUCUGAAGGGAUUUGUUGAUUCUCUCCAUUUUGAUGUCUUUCUCUUUUAGAUACUAUAUCAAUCUUUAGAAAAGGCUUAGUCUAAUUGUUACAAAUCGCUAGGAUACUGCCUCCCCCAGGGCCUAAAAUUACAUAUUAAAGGGGAAAAUUUGAACACUGAAACCAGUUCUCAACAAUUUAGAAGGAAAACCUAGAAAACAUUUGGCAGAAAAUUGCAUUUUGAUGUUUCUGAAUAAGAGCAAGCUUUUGCAAAAGUGCUGAUCUAAAAAUACUUACUGCUUGGCCUAAGAUGUCUGUCUGUUGUUGAGCUUUACGGGCAAAGGAAAUUCCAGUCUGAAACCUCCUGUGACAGGAGAUAGAACCAGGGGCCUCUUGAAACUCUGGGCCUUUUGUCAGUGGAGAACCAGGUUAGGUUGUUGUCCCUGUGGACUCGGCUUCUGACCCUGUCCUUUGUGGGUGGUGUGAAGGUUAGCAGCCUGCUUGUUCCCAAAGCUCCAAGAGGCCAACCAGCUCUUGAUGUGGGAAGCAGAAUAUUCACCAAAAUGUCCCAGCGCCAGAAGUCCCAGCACCACCCAAUUUUCCACUCUUAUCUUGACAGCCUGUCCCAGUGCUGAUUUGUCAGGAAAAAAUUCUGUGGAGGGAUAGGAAGGUCCUCUGCCAGGGUGGGGGGCCUUCCCUCUACAUUUCUGCUCUGCUCCCUUCAGGGUGGAGUCAGGAGGUUGGGUGCAAAUGAAGUGACUUUAGCAAGCACUCUAGCGCUCCCUGUUGAACUCACCCCAGAGCCUCUCUCUGCCUCCCCAGAUCACCCUGUCUGCCCUGUGAGGAGGCAUGCUGGCCCCUGGGGCAGAGGUAGGGAGGGCAGGUGAGGAAGGGGGACAGGGUCCUUGUCUUUGCAGAGGGAGGGACCAGACCCUCCUGGAACAAAGUCUGGCCUUUGAAUUGAAGAACUUUUGGACAAUUCGCAAAUGGCCUUUACUCCCUAGCUCCCCUUCUGUUUAUCUUACUCUUUAUCAGGUCCUGUUCAGCAGUGAGAGCAGAUGCAGUGAGAAGGCCAAGAGGUUUGGCUCCUGCCCACUGGUGGCCCCUCUGCUCGCAGUGUCUGUGUGACGAGUGGCAAAGCUGUUCUUCCUGGUGACCCUGAUUAUAUCCAGUAACUUAUAGACUAUACACAUAGGCCUGCUUUGUUUCCUCUGUCCUGGGCUUUUGUUUUGCUUUUUAGUUUUGCUUUUUGUUUUCCUGUCCCUUUUAUUUUAUGCACCGACUAGACACACAAAGCAGUUGAAUUUUUAUAUAUAUAUCUGUAUAUUGCACAAUUAUAAACUCAUUUUGCUUGUGGCUCCACACACACACAAAGACCUGUUAAAAUUAUACCUGUUGCUUAAUUACAAUAUUUCUGAUAACCAUAGCAUAGGACAAGGGAAAAUAAAAAAGAGAAAAAGAAAAAAAAAUGACAAAUCUGUCUGCUGGUCACUUCUUUGGUCCAAGCAGAUCUGUGGUCUCUCCUCACUUCUUCCAAGGGCUUCCCUGUGCCAAGCAAAGGGGGCUCUAGGCAACACCCAGGUUUUGCACUGUUUCUCCUGUGCUUAUGAAAGGGAUCCUUAAGAUUCUGGGUGCAGGAGUGCUCCCUCAACCUGCCGAAGUCCAGAAUGUAGUCAUUGCACAGCCUGGUCUUUUCCACCUCUAGGGGUGGUAGAGAACUGGAGUGCACAGGGGUGGCCUAGCUUCCCCAUCCCAGUGACCUGGCUAGGGGAGCCCAUGUGCAGUCGGCCUGGCAGGCCUCCCCACCAGCAAGGCUCGAAGCAUUUCACCCUCCCCACUUACUGGGUCUGAUGGCUGGAGGGGAGAUGAGAGACUGUCCUGUCUCUGAACCCAUGAGCUGCACCAGGUAGAAUGCCAGGGACCCCAGAACCACAUGGGGCAGUCCACUGGGUCCCCUCCAGGAAGUAGUGGAGACACCAGAAGUGUCCCUUUCUCUUCUCCCCUCUCCCAUGAGUAAUUGCAUUUGCUUUUGUAAUUCUUAAUGAGCAAUACGCUAGAGAGUUUAGCUGUAACAGUUCUCUUUGAUCAUUUUUUAAGUAAUUAAAAACACCAAAAAACAAAAUCCAGAAACUUGUUCUUCCAAAGCAGAGAGCAUUAUAAUCACUAGGGCCAAAAUCUACCCCUCCCCAUAUCAUUGCUUCUUCUGAGGCCAGAAUCCAACAGAGAGACGAUCGUAGGCCCUUUGAGUGGCCGGUCUUACCUUCAGGCCCCUUGGAGGACCAGAGCUGUGCAGCCUCUGGGCCCAUGUCCCGGGGCCUGCUUCAGCACGCGUUCAGUAUUAGCAGUGGGUCGCGACGUUCUUUCCUAGCCAGCCUGGGAUGGGGGCAGAGGAGACAAGAGGCCAUUGCCGCUGAUCAGCCACUGACAGGUGGGUGUCCACGAGCGUGCUUUGUGACUGACGGGAAAUCAGCGCCUGAGUUAGCCUCACACGGUGACCUCUAGCCCUGCCCGGAUGGAGCAGGGCCCACCCGGUUCAGUGUUUCUGGGGAGCUGGACAGUGGAGUACAAAAGGCUUGCAGAACUUGAAGCCUGCUCCUUCCCUUGCUACCACGGCCUCCUUUCCAUUUGAUUUGUCACUGCUUCAAUCAAUAACAGCCGCUCCAGAGUCAGUAGUUGAUGAAUAUAUGACCAAAUAUCACCAGGACUGUUACUCAAUGUGUGCCGAGCCCUUUCCUCGUGCUGGGCUCCCCGUGUACCUGGACACUGUAAUGUGUGCUGUGUUUGCUCUCCUUCCCUUUCCUCCUUCUCCCUUUCCUUGUCUUUCUGGGGUUUUUCUGUUUGGGUUUGGUUUGGUUUUUUUUUUCCCCUCCUUUUGUGUUCCAAACAUGAAGUUCUUUCUACUGGUCCUCUUAACUGUGGUGUUGAGGCUUAUAUUUGUGUAAUUUUUGGUGGGUGAAAGGAACUUUGCUAAGUAAAUCUCUUCUGUGUUUGAACUGAAGUCUGUAUUGUAACCAUGUUUAAAGUAAUUGUUCCAGAGACAAAUGCUUCUAGACACCUUUUCUUUAAAAAGCAUUCGGAAGGAGGGGAAUGGUGACUGAGACAAGAGGGGCGAUCUGCAGAGAUGACCCCUGCCCAGAUCAUCCAGAAACCACCCAAGGAGGUUGAGCCUCAGAGUCCCAUUCCAAAUCAACAGACUGAAUAAGCUGAUGUGUUGCCAUUUUCAAAGUCAGAGCAAAAUCAGUUUUUGUUCCAUCCAGUGGAUUCUUUUGGCUCCCCACCCCCCAGAUUAUUACCAUCAUUGUUAUUUUUAAGGAAAGACAAGGUCGUUGUUCCUUUGAGGAGAGCCAGGAGGGGAUGUUAGAGCAGAGCUGAGCCUGCUGAAGAGGGAGGGGGAGAGGAAGGAGGGGCUUGUGCCCGAGCAUGCAGCUGGAUGCCCAUGCCCCUAUGCCCCACUGUGGACACAGGGUAGGGGUGGGUUGGGAGAUGGAUUGGCCCCUCCCCACCUGAUUGCAGCUGUUUCUGGAUAAGGCCAGGUGGAAGAGGCAGCAUUCUUGUCUCCAAGACAUGCCCUGGGGGCAUUACCAGUCAGAACACUUCUUUCAUGCCCUAUCCUGCCUCCCAGGGAUAUAGCACCAAUGUGACAUCUCUAUUCCCUGCCAUCCUGAGGGUAAUGACAGUGGAGGGAACUGACUGCCUCUCUCUCCUUUCAUCUGAUCUCCAGCAAAAUUUGGAUGUGACAUGCCCCCUUCCCUUUCCAUGGCAAACAGGUCCUUCUCAGAAGCCAUUACCCUUGAUUGAGAUUGUUCUGGGCUCUCAGAACAGGGACAGAUUGGUGCUCCCUUAAUGCCUUCAGGCAAGAACAGUGAUGCCUGGAGUGACCAUGUGCACAUGGCAUUUAGUAGCUGGAAGAACAAGGCAGGAAGUUCGCCCCCUCCCAAAUGAAUCUGUGGGACAGUGCUGCCAGUGACAGGCCACCCUGUACUGAAGGGAGCUGGCUCCAGCUGGAAAGCCUGCUUGAGGUUGAGGGGAUGCAUGGGGUACUGGGAGAGGCCCAGGACAGACUUAGCUGGAGGGGGUCUCUAAAAGCCCUCUGUCACAUUCACCUUCAGUUUUUGUGUUUUGGGACAAUUACUUUAGAAAAUAAGUAGGUCGUUUUAAAAACAAAAAUAUUGAUUGCUUUUUUGUAGUGUUCAAAAAAGGUUCUUUGUGUAUAGCCAAAUGACUGAAAGCACUGAUAUAUUUAAAAACAAAAGGCAAUUUAUUAAGGAAAUUUGUACCAUUUCAGUAAACCUGUCUGAAUGUACCUGUAUACGUUUCAAAAACACCCCCCACUGAAUCCCUGUAACCUAUUUAUUAUAUAAAGAGUUUGCCUUAUAAAUUUACAUAAAAAUGUCCGUUUGUGUCUUUUGUUGUAAAAUCAAGUGGUUUUUUCAUAAGGUUCUUUUACUAUUUGAAAAGAUGGGCAGCACGCAGUUUUAUUUUAUUUUUGUAAGUUUUUUAAUACAUGUGAAAGCAAAGAAUACUCAGCAUGCCUUUCUAAGUGAUGCGUUUGCACCUUUUGUUGGGAAGUACUGUAUCCUGUGCUGUUAGCAUUCUCGAUAAAUCUCUCUGUGAAAGUGA